CCUCUCCCCGGCCUUUCAGAGCUGACGUUGCGCUCAUCGGACUGGCUGUCAUGGGCCAGAACUUGAUUUUGAACAUGAAUGACCACGGCUUUGUGGUCUGUGCCUUUAACAGGACGGUCUCCAAGGUGGAUGAUUUCUUGGCCAACGAGGCAAAGGGAACCAACGUGGUGGGUGCGCACUCCCUGAAGGAGAUGGUGUCCAAGCUGAAGAAGCCGCGCCGGGUGAUCCUGCUGGUGAAGGCCGGCCAGGCCGUGGAUGAUUUCAUUGAGAAACUGGUCCCGUUGAUGGACACUGGUGACAUCAUCAUUGAUGGGGGUAAUUCCGAGUACCAUGAUACCACAAGACGAUGUCAAGACCUUAAGGCCAAGGGCAUCUUGUUCGUGGGCAGCGGUGUCAGUGGUGGCGAGGAGGGGGCCCGGUAUGGCCCGUCGCUCAUGCCAGGAGGGAACAGAGAGGCUUGGCCACACAUCAAGACAAUCUUCCAGAGCAUCGCUGCCAAAGUGGGGACUGGAGAGCCCUGCUGUGACUGGGUGGGAGAUGAGGGGGCCGGGCACUUCGUGAAGAUGGUGCACAACGGCAUCGAGUACGGCGACAUGCAGCUCAUCUGCGAGGCGUACCACCUGAUGAAGGAUGUGCUGGGCCUGCGGCACGCGGACAUGGCCCAGGCAUUUGAGGACUGGAAUAAGACGGAGCUGGACUCGUUCCUGAUUGAAAUCACUGCCAAUAUCCUCAAGUUCAAAGACAGCGAUGGCCAACAUCUGCUGCCUAAGAUCAGGGACAGCGCGGGGCAGAAGGGCACUGGGAAGUGGACGGCCAUCUCCGCCCUGGAAUAUGGUGUCCCUGUCACCCUCAUUGGAGAAGCUGUGUUCGCCCGGUGCUUGUCGUCCCUGAAGGAUGAGCGGGUCCAUGCCAGCCAGAGGCUGAAGGGCCCCCCGAAGACCCAGUUUGGGGGUGACAGGAAGACCUUCCUGGAGGACAUCCGAAAGGCCCUCUAUGCGUCCAAGAUCAUCUCGUACGCGCAGGGCUUCAUGCUGCUGAGGCAGGCGGCGUCCGAGUUCGGCUGGACCCUCAACUACGGCGGCAUCGCCCUCAUGUGGCGAGGGGGCUGCAUCAUCCGCAGCGUCUUCCUGGGGAAGAUAAAAGAUGCCUUCGACCGCAACCCUGCGCUGCAGAACCUGCUGCUGGACGACUUCUUUUGCUCGGCUGUUGAGAGCUGCCAGGACUCCUGGCGGCGCACGGUGAGCGCCGGGGUCCAGGCCGGCAUCCCCAUGCCCUGCUUUACCACCGCCCUGUCUUUCUACGAUGGCUACCGACACGAGACGCUGCCGGCCAACCUCCUCCAGGCGCAGCGGGAUUACUUCGGGGCCCACACCUACGAACUCUUGGCCAAGCCGGGACAGUUCGUCCACACCAACUGGACGGGCCACGGCGGGAGCGUGUCUUCCUCCUCCUACAAUGCCUGAACCCUGCUCCGCGCUGGGACGCCUCGGACCGCACUCCUCAUUCCGCCCCUCUCCCCGCAGUGAGGUUCAUAGAGAACACCUUAA